CUGACGACAUAGUCUCUUGUCAGAAGCGGAUGACAAAUUGCCCAUGCUCUUUUGUACUCACUGAAGACAAUGCGAGAAGGAUAGCCCCGGUACACUUUCAAAAUGGAUGUACAUCGGGUCGGCGGGAGGGCCGCUUUACUUUUCAUCUUUUCUCUCUCACUUGUCCGGGGUGCUAGUGUUGCCGUACCGUUCGUGAAGCCUGUAGCCGUGUUCAGCUUGAAGGAGCACCAGACAAAGUCGGGAGCAGCCUCGCAAUCGACAUCAGAGGGAACGUACCGCCGAGUGAAAUACAAUCCCUACACGGAACGAAGUAGUCCCGACGCGCCCACGGAUACCCCGUCAGGAAAUGUCGGCGCGGUCACGCAGGGUCAGGUCGACCCGUUUCCCACUCCUGCAGGACACCAGCCGGAACCGUUCCCGGACCCCGCGGGACGUCAGCUCGCCGAGCCGUACGUGGAGUCGAGCGCCUACACGCGCAACGUGUAUCCUUCGAGGCAGACGGGUCCGCAGAGACGUCCAGGAUAUCCUAGAUCCAACGUCCGGGACCAGCGCGUUUCCGUACAGACUCGCGGCAGAGGCUAUCCUCAGAGAGUCACGGGGUAUCCUGCCAGCAGGGGCUCGGUUGCCCGGCCUCGUGGAUAUCCUAGGAGACCGGCAGAUCCUGUACCUCGAUCUCCCACCGAGAACUACCGAAACACUCAACGUCAAAGAUACCCACAGAGCAGAUACCCGCAAACCGGAAGCUCAUACCGCAGUGAGCCUGCCAGAGGGUAUCCAAGAACCAGUUCACAGGGUAGAAGCUAUCCUAGCAGGAAUAUCGAGAGCAGGGGCUAUCCCAGAAGCAGCACACAAACCAGAGGCUAUCCUAGAAGCGGCACACAAACUAGAAAAUAUCCUAGAAGCGGCACACAAACCAGAGGCUAUCCAAGAAGCAGCACACAAACCAGAGACUAUCCUAGAAGCGGCACACAAACCAGAGAAUAUCCUAGAAGCGGCACACAAUCCAGGGGAUAUCCUAGAAGCGGCACACAAUCCAGAGGCUAUCCUAGGAGCGGCACGCAAACUAGAGGCUAUCCUAGAAGCGGCACACAAGCCAGAGGCUAUCCUAAAAGUUCGGUACCAAGUAGGCCGUACCCACAGGCCAGUCCAAUAAAGACAAGGACGCACCAACCCGGCCUCCGAUCUAACAGACCACAGCAAACAAGGCGACCUCCAGCCAGAGGCUAUCCUCGAACCCAAUCUGCAGGACGGCCUUAUCCUCCAACCAAUACUCAGGGCAGAAGAUAUUCUCUAACCCAAUCGCAGUCCAGAAAAUAUCCACAGACUCAAAACAGAGGAUAUCCACAGACUCAGAACAGAGGAUAUCCACGAACGUCGCAGACAAGACAAACUCAGGGUAGAAGCUCUCCUUAUUAUCAGCCGAGAACAGGAGAACGCCGAAAACAGCCUGUACAAAGCUCGGUGCCAAGACGAGGCUAUCCCAGAAGCCAGCCUUCCACGAGAUACCAAACGCCCGGCCGCCAUCACGUUCCUGGAACGUAUCCCGAUCGCUAUCUCAGACCAGGGGCACCAGCGGAAUCGAAAUUCGGAACGUACCCCAGGCGUAACGUAAACGCUGUGGACAGUCUAGCAGCCCGACCGAAAUCGUCCAGUUACAGCCGGAGUUACCCGAAGCCGCAGAACAGCGCUCGGUACGACACGAAGCCUUACGAUCGGGGACAGUUCCGGCAGUACGACCCGAAACAGUACCGUGACCCCGCUCCACGGAAACACACGGACUAUUACCAGACACCAGGACAGGGCCCUCCGUCUCGCUACCAGCAACCUAGGGGGUACCAGCCGCCGCCACCGCCACGACGAGGAUACCAGCAGCCACAGCAGCAUCCAGAACACAUGUAUCCUCGUGGUUACCCGAAGUCGUACUAUCCUGGAGGAUUCCCACAGAGACCGGUAGCAGCACCGGUGCCUACAGCUCCCACCACGCCGAUCACAACCACAACUACAAUGGCCACGACGACAACACCCGCGGUGACGACGGUGUCGGUUGAAUACGAGGCCCCGGAGCUGGAGAUGCUAACAGGUGCGACGGGCGUGGUAAACGCGACGACGACGGCGAAACCUCUACCAUCGCUAGGCACACCACCCCCAGGCGUCCCCGCCUACAUCCACAACCCCAAGAACGGAUACGCACAGGGUUACGACCAGUAUGGCAACAUGCAGGGUGCGCACCAGCAGGGAGGAAUUGAUCCGGCAUACAAUCACUACCAGCAACACUUGCAGUACAAUGGAUGGGACACCGGAGGAGGUGCCGCCUAUCUGCCAGUAAACCCAGUACUCGCGCCGCUCACCCCGCCGCUCACGCCGCCGCUCACGCCGCCGCUCACGCCGCCGCCGGUAUCGAAGACGACGUUACCAGUUGAUUACGAACUAUUGGAGGCACAACCUCACGCGGAGCCAACACCGUCACCUACAGCUACAGCUACAACCACCACAACGCCCAGUCCUGGUGUUCCCGUGCGACCUCAGUUUCGUCCAGUAGAAUUCAAGCCCUACCAAUACCUGAAUAAAUACGGUUUGUGGGAAACAUGGUACCCUCAUCGCCGUUUUACAAACAAAUACGGAGGGAGGAGAUUGUAGCGACACACUGCACCCGCAUCAUGCAAGAGAUGAUCAUGUUUUCGGUGACGUCACGAUGACGUCAAAUAUAUACCCCUGUGAUCCAAGUGGUUUGUGGAGCUGUGCCAUAUGUUAGACAUUAUAGGAAAGAUUUUAAAUCAUAAACCAUACCUUCUUUUCUUUGCGAACAAUUACAGGCCAAAGUGUUAACUACAAGGCACAAUGUGUUCGUGACCUGUUUGUUGUAGCUGUAAAACACGGAGUUUCGAGCGUUCUUAUCUGUGAACUUUCGGGUGGGUUUUCCGACAGCAAAUUUUAAAACAAUAGUUUUUGGGGAUUGUUUAUCACAGGGCACCAAUUUUCGUGCACCGGUAAUUGUUUUCUGUGUUAACUAUCUGGAUGCGCUAAUGUUCGUUUUAUGGUAAUUGUAUGCAUUGCAUUGCUUUUCGUAAGACCAAUAACUGUAUGGCGUCAAUUUAUGUGUGAAUGACUCAAUUAUUCACAAAUAUUACGUCAAUUUUCGGGAGGAUGUCCCUAUUUUGAGUAUAUUAUGCACCAGUUUCGUGUAUUCUGUCUAAAGCAGUUUGGCUUAUUAAUUUUAAAACACAAACUUUCGUGUACCAGUAGAUAUAUAGUUACAUGCGUGUUUGCGCCACAUUUGUCCAUUAUUUAUGGAACGGGAUCAGCAUUUGUGAACUGUUUACGUCAAUAACCAAGAAUGAAUAUUCAUGAAUGCCAGUCCAACAUUUUCAAAACAUAACACUAUAUCAAUGUUAAUAAAACAGGGUGGAAGUGAGAUUUUUAUAACGUUUGUUUGGUGGGUGUUUUGUUUUUGGGGGAGGGGCGAUUUGGUUGGGUGUUUGAGGGGGUUGGGGUAGGAGAAAAGGUAGAUUGUUAAUAGAAGUACUAGAAAUCGAGAUCGAGUUUGCAUAUUGCUGUAUCAGCAAUUAAUUUUAUUGAGUUGCUGUAUUAACCUAAGAUCAGCUUCCAACUUAAC